GCGAAUUAAAAAAAGUCCCUGCUCCCCGAACCCGGUCACCGACUCAUAUCCUGGAAUCUAUUCUCUCACUCUCACCACACUCUCAGAAAUCAAGUUAGCAAUCAUCAUCUAAUUUUUAACUCGAGGGAAAUAUUUGAACGGAAAGGAGCGUAGUGCAGCAAGGAACAGUAGUAGUACCAGAGCGCAGCGAGAGGGAGCAGCGAACGAGGCGAUGCGACGGCGGAGUGCAGACAACCGCCCAACUGCACCGCCGCCAUAGCCGGAGAGACCCGCCUGAACCCUAGAUGCAUCCGCAGAGCCCCCAACGCUGCCUGACGAACUGGCCUGACUUCUGGUUCGGCGACAAACCCCUCAAGCAUGUGGUCCUCAAGAUGCAGCUCGGAGACGAAACCCUAACCCUAGAUCCCUCCCCCCGCGCGCCGCCGGUGGCGGCUGGCCCUGAUCUCACUGCCCUCCUCUCCGACGAGCUUCUCCUCCGCAUCCUCGGUACCCUCCCCGACCCCCUUGACAGCCCCGCCUCCCUCGUCUGCAAGCGAUGGCUCCGCCUUCUCGGACGCCUCCGUCGCUCCCUCACCCUCCUCGACUGGUCCUUCCUCCACCGCCGCCUCCCCCUCCGGUUCCCCGACCUCACUGAGGUCGACGUCAUCCCCGCCUCCUUCGCCUCCCCUUCCUCUGUCGCCACCGCCGGUGUCCUCCUCACACGCGGCCUGGUGUCCGUCCACAUGGACCCCCAUGCGGAGCCCCCUAUCGGCGAGUGCCGCUUCCUCCCGACCGACGUCAUCGACCGCGGGCUCGAGGCUCUCGCCCGCGGCUGCUCGGGCCUCCGGAAGCUCGCCUUUGUGGCCGCCGCCUCCGAGGCCAGCCUCGUGAACCUCGCCAUCCAGUGCGCGACCCUUCAGGAGCUGGAGCUCCACCGCUGCACCGAUCUCGCCCUCCGCCCCAUCUCCGCGUUCAAGAACCUGCAGAUCUUGCGGCUAGUGGGGUCCGUGGAGGGCCUCUACGGUGGGCCCGGGGUCACCGACAUCGGGCUCACCAUCCUGGCCAACGGGUGCACGCGGCUGGUGAAGCUGGAGCUCAGCGGUUGCGAGGGGAGCUAUGAUGGGAUCUCGGCAAUUGGGCGCUGCUGCCUGAUGCUGGAGGAGCUGACGAUCUGCGAUCACCGGAUGGAUGGCGGGUGGCUGGCCGCGCUGCCCUUCUGUGAGAACCUCAAGACUCUGAGGUUACAGAGCUGCAAGAAGAUCGACACUGAUCCGGGACCCAAGGAGCACCUGGGGUCGUGCCCGACAAUUGAACGGCUGCAGUUGCAGCGGUGCCAGCUGCGGGACAAGAGAAGCUUGCACGCGCUGUUUAUGGUGUGUGAGUCCAUCAGGGAGAUCAUGUUUCAGGAUUGCUGGGGACUGGACGAUGACAUGUUCGGGAUUGCGAGCAUCUGCAGGUGGGUGAAGUUUCUGUCAUUGGAGGGAUGCUCUUUAUUAACUACGGAAGGUCUGGAGUCAGUAGUCUUGUCUUGGAAAGAUUUGCAAAGGCUUAUGGUCAUUUCAUGCAACAAAGUGAAGGAUGAUGAAGUCACCGCUGCUCUAGCAAGCUUAUUCUCUGUCCUCAAAGAAUUGAAGUGGAGGCCUGAUUCUAAAUCUGUCCUUGUCACGAGCCUUGCUGGGACAGGAAUGGGAAAGAAAGGUGCCAGAUUUUUCAGAAAGCGGCCUCUUCAGGGACGACAACAUUCAAAAGGAAAGGCAGGGGAAAAUGCAUGAAAAAAAAGCAAGCAAUCGACACGGCAGUCCCUGACUGUGGUGCUGAUACACCAUUUCUAUCAUUGUACCUUCAGAUAUACAAAAAGGGCAUAAUAUUUUGUCCUGAUACACCACUAUAUGGACCAUGCUAUUUUAUGCUUUUUGCAUGCGUAUCAGCUGGUAAGCAUGUUCUUGGACGGGGCAAUGCUCCUCUAUCACUUAAGCUGAGAAGUUCAAAGGAGGACCAUUUGAAGCUCCCAUCACUUACAAAGGGGCAGUUCAUGGGAGGCUAACCAUUUCAAACAUGCUGUUCAGCAUUCCUCCUUAAAAGUACUUGCAGGGCAACUUUGAUUUCAGAGGCAUCGAACCUACAUGCCUGCAAUGAUAUCGUGCUAUCUGCUGAAAUGAAAAAAGAGAUCAUCUGCAGCAUCGCCACUGCUCCAUGCUCAUUUUUCAUAGAUGCUGGUGCUUGCACACUUCUCACUUAAUCACACCUCUUUUACUAACAUAUCUAUUGUUUAUCAAAUGGAUGAACAGUAUUGUUGUCACCUUUCUUAUGAAAAACUAUCUCCGGAUGCCGAGGGGGUAAAACCAAUUGAUGAAAAAAAGAAAUACAGAGAAUUUUGUAUAGCUGAGCUUGCUCUUGUUUGAUUUACAGUUCUCAUUUAUCUUUUGUACAUGGGAGCAUAUGAAAUAUGCUGGAGCCUACUGCAU